AUGCCCUCCUCGGCGUUUGCGGGCGGCGACGCGGGUCGACGCCCCCUGCGCGAGCUUCAACGGUCCGCAGACGGACACCGCCCCGCCGCGCGUCGCCGCGACGCUCGCGUGAAAGCCUCAGCGAAAGAUGACGACGCCGCCCCGGCUCGCGCGCUGGAGGACCCGGCCCUGCGGUCCAGCCUCCAGGGCCUCGCCGAGCGCAUCCUCGCCGAAGCGCCGUCGCGCGACGACGACGACGACGACAACGACGGGGAGAACGACGACGACGACGCGGGGGGGGACGCGAACCUUCGCGGCGAGACCGGCGACGUCGAGGCGACUUCGAGGAAGAAGAUGGCGGACCACGCCCUCGCGUACGCCGUCGCGAACUCGACCGCGGUGAACGCCCGAGGCGCGGUGCUCGCGGGACGCGUCGGGCGCAUCGCGCGGUCCACCGCCGCGUCGCGCGCGCGGUCGCGAUCCGCGACGCCGUCGCCCGAGCGCGGCGGGCGGCGGCCCGGUUGGCGACCCAACGGCGCCCCUCGCGACGACGAUGAUGACAAACGGCUCGGACGUCAUCGUCGCGGUCGUCGCGGAGGGAGCGGAAGACGCGCGUCGCCCGAGGUGAGGGCGUGCGCGGAAGCGACGGACAGGCUCGUCGCCGCGGUGACGCGUCAGCGCGCGGCGACGGCGGCGCGGGGCCUGGUCUUUGAGGAUGCAUCCGCCGAAGCAACCGAAGGAGCCGACGACGACGCCCCGUCGUGCGUGUCGUCCCUCUCGGAAUCGGAAGACGGCGAAAUCGACGACGGCGUCGACGGGUCCGUUCGCGGGAUCCUUCGCGGGUUCGCGGACGCCGCGACGACGAUGCCGGAUCCGUCGGAACCCAGCCCGGAUUCAUCGGUUCGACUCGACGCGACCCAACAACUUCACGCGACUUCACUCGAUCCCCCGACAUGUGACGACGCGUACCUCGCCGCGAAAUCCUUCGCCGACGAGCUCAGGGGCGUGAGCGCAUCCGCCGCGCGCGUCGUCGCGGAGCGUUUGGGUCGGUGCGAACACGACCGCGCGCAGCUGGCGCGGCACCUGGAAGAGACGAAGAGGCGGCUGGAGACGGCGGUGUCUUUCGCCGCCGAGGUGAGAGACGUGUGCGCCGCCAAGGACGAGGCGAUCGCGGCCAAGGAGGCGGAGUUGGCGGAGGCGAGGGCGGCGCUGGCGGCGGCGGCGGCGCGCACGCUCGCCUCGUCGCUCCUCCCUUCGAAACCCGUCACAACAAACCGCGAAGAAGAGGCCCCACCCGGUGAAGAGACGAAUUCUUCCCCGGGCGACUCGAAUUCGAAGGCGGCGCUAACCUUAACCCCGGCGGCGACCUACGCGGCGGACCUCGAGGAGGAGCUGCGGGCGACCCGCGCGGCGCACGCGGAGGAGAGAACGGCGCUGGAGCGAACGAUGGCGGCGAAAGACGAGGCCAACGCCGAAUCGACGGCUCGGAUGGAGAAGGAACGUGAACGGGCUCGCGCCGCGCUCCGAGACGCGGAGAUGGAGCUCCAGGAGGCGUUGGGUGACGUGACGCGCCUUCGAAGGGCUCUGUCGGAGAGUAAAGACGCGAACAAAUCCGCCGAGGACGUCGCCGCAGCGGAGUCGAAGAUGGUGGACGAGCUCCGCGGUCGCUGCCGCGAGCUCGAGGAUGAAAAAGGCGUCCUCGAGGCCCGGUUGAGGACGGCGACGGCGGAGGCGAACGGCGAGGCGGACGCGCGCGCGGACGCGUCCGCGGACAAACGCGCCGCCCGCGAGGACCUGGCCGUGUUGAAGGGCUCCCUCGAUUCGCUUCGCGCCGAGCUCGACGGCGAACGAGCCGUCGCCCAAAAAGCGGAACGCGCCAGGGCGGAGGUCAACGGAAGGCUCUUUCAGCUCACCGCCGAGGCGGACGGCCUGCGCAGGCGGCUCGCAUCCGCGAAGGAGGAGUGCGAGGCGCAGAGGAGGAGCGCGGAGGCUGCGAGGUGCCUUGCCAAGACGGCGAAGAAGGAGGAGGCGCCGCUGAGGGAGGAGCUCGCCGCCGUCAAGGAAAAUGGGGAAGAGCUCGUCGCCGAACUCGCCGCGACGCGGUUGCAGCUCGCCGCCUCGGAGCGAUCGCGCAAGGCGUCGCAAAAGGCGCUUACGGAGAAGGACGAGGAGUGCGCGGGCGCCAAGGCGGACGCGUUGCGACUGGACGACGAGGUCAAGAGGCUGGAGUCGGAGCUCGCGAAGGUUGGAGUGGCGGAGAAGAUUCGAGAGCGGGAGGCGUUACGGGCGUUACAGGAGCGCGAGUGGGAGCGCGGGGAGGCGAACGCGGACCACGCGAGGGUCCUUCGAGACGCGACGACGCGCGCGGAGGACGCCGAGCGGGAGUGCCAGUCGCUUCGUAAGCGAUCGGAGGAGGCCGAGGCUCGAGCCGACGCGGCCGAGAAUCGAACCCGCGACGUCGAAACGCGGAUCGAGCACCUCGAACGCUCAGCCAAGGACAGCGCCCGCGCCAGCAAGGGCAGCUCGCUCACCGCGGAGAUCAACUCCGCCCUGCGCCAGGAGCUCGAGGAGCUCGGGUUGGAGCUGGCGACGGCGAGGGAGGAGACGGAGGCUCGUCUCGCCGAACGCGACCGAGUUCGAGCCGAUCUCAAAGUUCAAAACGAGGAAUUCGCCAAGCUGGAAGCCGCCCUUGGCCGCGCGGAAGCCAGGGCGGGCGACGCCGAGGCUGCGCACGCCGCCUCUGCGCGAACGGUCGACUCUUUAAGGACGGAGCUGACGCAAAUGGCGCGCAAAAUCGCCGAGCUCGAACUCGCCGCGGAAGCCGCGUUCGUCGAGCGAUCGAACCUCGCGAGGAAUACCGAGGCGCUCGAGCGCGAACUCGCCGAGGUCAAAACGGCCAAAGAAACGCUCGAAGGGGAGACGUGGGCGCUCAGGGAGGAGCUCGCGGAGGCGACGAUUGUGAGGUUGGAGCGCGCCGCGGCUGGAGGUUCCGACGUCAGCCCCGCGGCUGGCGACGCCUCUGCUGAUGUGGCCGAUGACGCGGCUUCUGCUGAUGUGGCCGAUGACGUGGCUUCUGCUGAUGUGGUCGAUGACGUGGCUGUCGAAGCCCCCGAGGCGAAGAAGGGACGCCCCGCGCCUCGAACGCCGAUUCUCGCGGACGGACGCUCCUCCGUCUCCUCCCUCUCCUUCUCCGUCUCUGGAACGUCCCCGAUCGCUUCUGGAACGUAUCCGGUGACGCCGGCGGAGGACGUCACCGCCGCGAUGGCCGCCACCGCCGCCGCGCGAGAGGAGACCGCGAACGCCGAGGCGCAGCUCGAGCAAAUCGCCGAGGCGCUCGUCAGGGCGGAGGUUUCCCUGUCCGAGAGGGACGCGCGGUGCGAAGAUUUGCGCCGCGAAGUUGACGUCGCCAACGGAAAGGCGGCGGCGGCGGAACACAGAGCCGCCGUCGCCGAGCGGGGCGCGAGCGCGGCGCGCGCGGAGCUGGGCCUGGCGCUGGAACGAGUUGCAAAGGAGCGAACCAGGGCGGCCGCGGCCGAGUCGCAGCUCUCGUCCGCGAAGAGGCUCCUCGCCGAGGCUUCCUCCGCGUCGCGGCGGGCGCCCGGUGACUCACCGCCCGGCGCCGAAGCCGGUUCGCCGACGGCGCCGCAGACGACGCCGGCGACGCCGAACGACGAACUCGCGCUGCGGCAGCGGCUUCGGGAGUCCGUGUACGAGAUCGAGCUGCUGAGGGCCAAGGUUCGGGUGAUGGAGGCGAAGGCGGAGGUUGGUGGACGCGAGGGGUUGGCGGAGGAUGCGAGCUUCGAGGGUGGCGACGGAGCGAGUUUCGACGGCGAUGACGGGGGCGACGUGAGUUUCGAGGGGGGCGAGUGCGCCGAGGCGAGGGCGUCGUCGUCGUCCACCACCCCGUCCGAGGUGUCCCCGAUGUCGAGGGCUCUCGGCUUGUCCGUCACGGGGGAGACGACGCCGACGCUCUCCGCCGACGCGACCACGCAGCCGGCGACCACGCAGCCCAGCCCGGCGACGCCAGCCGUGUCCGAGAGCGACGACGGGAGCGGGAGCAGCUUUCACGGGUUCACGGAUCCGAAGCUCAAGCGCAUGCUCCAGGAGGAGGAGGACGGGACGAUGAGCCCGUACGUGUUUCCCGGCUGGAGGAGAGACGGCGAGCGGGACGCGUCGUCUUAGUCUUAGACGGUUCGAACAGACUUUCGCGCGUAGUCCGUGAUUAAAAAAAGUGAGCUCGGCUGGGCGA